ACCAUGCCUAGCAACGCGCAUAUACUCCUGAUUUUUCUGUGUGUUUUGGUGUUUUGUCUUCAAGGACAUGGAGCGUACGCAUUUGGGGCGGGAAACAUUCCAAGCUACGCGUACCUGGAGGGAAAGGCGUUCCGUCAUGGCGAUAUUGAGGACUCGCUUGCUGACAUAGCGAAACGCGCCGGUGGCUUCGCGCUCGGAGCUCUGAUCGGCCGGGGAGGUACGAAGUUCAAGGCACUGGAUGUCAAGCGGGUAUACUUUGGAAAUUGGUUGCGAGAUUACAGUCAGGCAGUCGAUGUCGCGGGCCUAUCGAAGCUGCAGCUUGCGACAAUCAUCAACCUUUGCAUGGUCUUGGGUUUCAUGGCACACGGAUAUGCCACCGAGGAAUUCGAAGUCACUGCUGAACGACUCGGCGUGUAUCUUCCAACUGAGCACAUCGAUAACCCUAAAGGAUACCCUGAAAAUGCUCGAGAUUAUGAUCGGAGGCUGCGUGGGCCAGUAGACCCGCAAGAACUGGCCAUCGACCCUCGCACGGGUAUGAAGAACUACAUUGCAAAUGAAUUCGGUACUUGGGACACCAGCAAGGCACUCGUUCGCCGAACAUUGCACAAGUGCAUCGAGUAUGGCCGCCGGUACCGCAGCAACGGCAAUAAAGAAGACGAGUACGAGUCCUACCGGCUGCUUGGGCAGGCUCUCCAUACGGUGGAGGAUUUUGCGGCGCAUUCAAACUUCUGUGAGCUCGCGUUGGUCUCGCUCGGCUAUCGAGACGUGUUUGUGCAUGUGGGCGAUCAGGUGCGCUUGCAGGCGCCUGAUGGGAGAUACGUCGCGCCCCUGGUGACUGGGACGUUCGGUUCGAGUGACUUCAUGCAUAGCUUGCUGGGCGAGGCUACCGAUCACAUAAGCCAAGCAUCCGUGGUCGAUCUCAACGCCGAGCUCGACAAGGCCCGCGCUAAGUCCGCCUCCUUCUCGUCUCGCUCAUUCUCCGGCGAAGAUUCUUCAAAUGCAACAGCGGGCGUGCUCCGAUCUCUGCUGGAGAAGCUUCCGGACGGCAGCGGUGGAGAGAUGGAGCGGCAGAUGGAUGGCGUCCAGCGCCUGCGUGCGCAGAAUACUCUCGCCCCUGAGGACAUGAGCCCGCAGCAGUUGCAUGACGUUCUGUGGCAAGUAUUGUCGUUCAGGGACAGCGUGAUGAAGAAGGUCUCGAUUAUUAUCGACAAGAUACCUGGCUUGGGGUCCUUACUGGAGUCCAUAAGUGACUCGAUCUCAGUGUUCGUUUUCACUACGCUCGAGCCAUUUCUGAAGCCAAUCAUGCAACAAGCCACAACGGGGCUUAUGACUGCGUCGGGCGAGGUCAUCAAAAAGACUGAUCAGUACGAAGUCUUCAACAACCCGAAUGCUUCCGACCCGACCCACUCUUUCUUGAGCAAGGAUCAUUUCAAUCUCAUUUUGAACGAACCGGCUGGAAACUUGGGAAAGAUAAUUUUGGAAUAUACUGUGCCGCGGAUCGUCAAAGCUUGGGAAGACACAUCGAUCAAUGUUAACCAAGUCACGGACGACGUUUUGCACUGUCUGUUCCAUCCCGACUUCCAUGAUAGCGACUCGCCCAUUCAACGCCAGAUGGUGAAAUAUAUGCAGACUUGGGUGCAAGGACUCGAGAAUGACCAAGCCGAGAUCAUUCGAAGGCUUUCAAAGGAGUCGGUCCGAAAUCACAAGAAUAUCAGGAUCGGCAGCGAGGAACAGGAGGCCGCCUCACAGGGCUCGUUCGCACAAGCUGCAGGGAUGCAGAUGCAGAGCGAAUUGCUGCAUGAUGUUCCCGGUAUGGCGCAGGCGCAGUCAUUGCUCGGCAAGACUGGCGGUGCUGCUACCAGUGCGGGCAUAGCAGGUUCAAGGCCCGGAUUCGGGUUGGGUGCUGGGGCUGCCGGGGCGGCGAUGGUGGGCCUCGGAGGUGUGAGUCGUUCGGGCAUGCCCGACGUCCCUGAAGGAGGGUACUAUUCGGAGGGUAGGAGCCAAAACCCGUACCGGGCUCCGGAAGAAAGCUCGGAUGGCGACCGUCAAGAACGCCACGGACACCAUCACCGUCUGUCACAGGGUACUGGAGGAUACUACGCAGAGAGCGCAUCAGUGCAGAUGCCUUCCGGGGAGGCAGAGCUGUACAACAGGGCGGCGUCGGCAGGGUAUCCUGGAGCGGCAUACACGUCUUCGAGGUACGAGAGAGAGCCGCCCAAUGCUCCCCUGAGCGGGCCGCCAGGGUUCCCAGGAGCGGCACCGACGAGCUCUGGGUAUUCCCCAUCGUAUGUGGGCGGAUACAGCGGGCAACAGCCUCAGCCGUCGUUCCCGGAUCCUAUGCGAUCAUCGGGAUUCGGCGAUGGCGCAUUCGGCGAUUCUGCCAGACAAUAUGGAGGAUACCGGGAGAGGGAGGAAGGAAUGGGGCUUGGUGAGUUUUCGCCGCCGCCGGGACCGCCGCCAGGCCCUGGUGGUCCUGAGUUCCCUGAACCACACCACCAUCGUCGUCACCAUCAGCAUCAUGAUGAGUACCAACCGCCGGAGGGUCCGCCGUACGGUGGUGGCUGGUGAGCUUGGGACGUGAUGGAGGUGCAAGGUGUAUGCUCGAACGCUGAGGAGUAGAUACGUAGGUGCGUCGAACAUGGUGGGGGCUGACGCUAUUGCUCGCAUAGGACCCAGGCUGCGGGAGCAGUAACGUCUUUACAAACUCUACCAAAAGAAACACUGUCAGAACUGCAAGCCUGAGUAUUGAAUUGCAAUGAGACUGAACGUGCUGCUGUGUGAGGCUGUGACUUAAGUUGCUUCCAUUACUGUUCAUCGAAGAUGCUCAGAGAUACGCCCAUGAUCACCACGAGAACUUGGACUUUAACAUCAGUUGUG